AUGCACUCUUAGAUCUAGGUUACUUAACAUUUACCUAUCACUUAACUUCCACAUACCCCUAUUCACGCACACAAUCACACCUCUUCUCUCUCCUACAUACCCUUAAUUUCUAAGCACUAACAUGGCUUCACAACUUGUUAGUGAUGUAAGAUGCCAAACACCAAUGCAUUAUGCAGCCUCUUAUGGUGAAAGAGGAAGCAAAAAGACACUCUCUCGUCGCCGCCAAAACUACGGUUACCAUAAAAUAGAGAACAGCAUAAUCUACUCUAGUACUGAUAAGGGAUCACUAGAUCAAAAAGGUGCAAAACGCAGCACAAAUCUAGCUCAAGCACAGAAGCUUCAGAGGUUGGGAUUCUCUUACCUUGCAACAUCUUUUCUUUACAUGGUAAUUAAGGUUAAAGCAUUCUACAAAGGUUUCAUUGGAGAUGUUGGUAGUGAAUCAAGAAUGGUGGAAAUUGAAGCACCAGUGGCAGAGGCAUAUUUCUCAGUUCCAGUUCUACCAAAUUAAGAUAGCAUAGCACCAAUAAUAGAGGCAAUAUCAUGUUUGUAAUGUCUAGUAUAUUAGUCCCAAAAGUAUAUAUAUUAUCUUUCUAUAUAUUAUUAGUAGUAUCAAAUUUGAGCUGAACUAUGGUAAUUAAUAAGCUUAGAUUUGCUAAAAGUUUCCCUACUUUUGUAGUGAGUUACAUUUAUAGGAAGUGGUUGAUUUUUAUCCAAUGAAGCAAUGAAUAAUAUGUGUGCGAA